AUGAGUGUUGGACUCCUGGACUUAAAGUUAAAUUGGAGAUUGGCACAAGAAAUGAUGGAUGGGAGAGCAGCAGGAACAGGGACAGGGACGGUGAGGGCUUCAUCUUUAGUAGCAGGAAAUAACAAAGAUUACAACAGGUCUAUCUCACAAGGGAACAAUAGCAGAAAAUCAUUUCCAGCAAGCUAUUUCAGUGUGGAAUCCUUUAUGGUACUUAUCUGUCUCACAGCAUCAUUGUUGAUCCUUCCAGUUAUAUUACCACCAUUGCCUCCCCCACCAUUCAUGUUGCUGUUGCUUCCUAUAGCCAUACUUCUUGUUCUCAUGAUCUUGGCUUUCAUGCCUUCAGACAUAAGGGAUAUUGCCUCCUCCUUUGUGUGA